AUGAUAGAACUUGUGAUGGCAACUUAAAAAAAAAAAUACAUAAUUUAUUUCUCCAAAAACAUGGAAACAUGUGUUUGGGUGUUGACUUGAGGAGCUUCCUUGUGGUUGGUUCUGCAAAUCCAUGGGUUCUGAGGAGGGCUUGGAGCAGAGCUUGUUGUCAGAAGACCAGCACAUACAGAAUGAAAUUUGCAGACCAUGUUCUGGAGAUGGAUCAGUAGACAUCAACGGGAAUCCGGCCUUGAGACAUCACACUGGAAACUGGAAAUCAUGUCUUUUCAUUCUUGGGACCGAAUGCUGUGAACGAUUGGCGUACUAUGGGAUAGUGAAAAAUCUCGUCACUUAUCUCAUUACAAAGUUCCAUGAAGGAAAUGCUAUUGCCGCGAGGAAUGUUACUACUUGGCAAGGCACUUGCUAUCUAACAACUUUGAUCGGAGCUUCUAUUGCAGAUUCAUACUUGGGAAGGUUCAAGACCAUAGCUGUUUUUUCAACAAUCUACCUCAUAGGAAUGCUCAUACUGACUCUUUCGGCAUCAGUUCCUGCUUUAAAGCCUCCUUCAUGUGUUGGAAUUGCUUGCCUGGAUGCAAGCACAGCACAAUAUGCCAUUUUCUUUAUUGGUCUCUAUUUGAUAGCACUAGGUACCGGUGGCAUCAAACCUUGUGUAUCAUCGUUCGGAGCUGACCAGUUUGAUGAUACUGAUCCUUUGGAAAGAGUGAGCAAAGGCUCAUACUUCAACUGGUAUUACUUUUCCAUCAACAUUGGUUCUCUCAUUAGCGGGACUUUGCUUGUGUGGAUACAAGACAAUUAUGGAUGGGGCUUGGGCUUCGGCAUUCCUACAGUUUUCAUGGCAUUAGCCAUUCUAAGCUUUUUCUCUGGCACCACUGUAUACAGAUUUCAGAAACCUGGGGGAAGCCCUUUUACAAGAAAUUUCCAAGUUAUUGUUGCAUCUAUUCGCAAAUGGUACAUUGCCGUCCCUCAUGAUAGUUCUUUCCUUUUUGAACUACCAAAUGCAACUGCAGGACUAAAUGAAAUUCGAAAAUUGAAGCACUCUUCUACAUACAAAUUCCUCGACAAGGCUGCUACUAUUUGCAAUCUUGAUGUGAAGUUUGAGAACUCUCUAGAUCCCUGGAGGCUAUGCACAGUCACUCAAGUUGAAGAGCUGAAGAUAUUACUGCGAAUGUUCCCAAUAUUGGCCACAGGCAUUAUGUUCUCUGCUAUUUAUGCUCAGAAUUCAUCGAUGUUUCUCGAACAAGGGAUGGCUCUAGACAAAAGAAUCGGCUCAUUUACAAUUCCCCCGGCCACAUUAUCUAGCUUCGACGUAAUCAGUGUGAUCAUAUGGGUGCCUAUAUACGACAAGCUUCUCAUUCCAAUUGCCCGGAGACUCACAAGAAAUGAAAGAGGGAUCUCACAACUACAAAGAAUCGGUAUCGGUCUAUUCAUAUCAAUUCUCACAGUUACCGCAGCUGCAUUAGUCGAAACAAAACGUUUACAGAUUGCAAAAGCCGAAGGCAUUGUACAUGAAAAGGUUACGGUACCAAUGAGCAUUCUUUGGCAAAUUCCUCAGUAUUCCUUGGCAGGAUUAUCUGAAGUAUUUAUUUGCAUCGGUCAUCUUGAAUUCUUCUAUGAUCAGGCUCCUGAUAAUUUGAGAAGUCUUUGUACUGCUCUUACUCUUGUUCUUGUUGCAUUAGGAAGUUACUUGAGUUCACUGAUCCUCAGCAUUGUAAUGCUGAUCACCACAAGACGAGGAAAUCCUGGAUGGAUUCCUGAUAAUUUGAAUGAAGGUCAUCUUGAUCGAUUCUUCUGGCUUCUUGCUGGCCUUAGUUUUUUGAAUCUUAUGGUUUAUGUUCACUAUGCCAUGAAGUAUAAACACAAGAUGUAAGAAAAUGUUUCAGUUCAGUUUUUCAGUUUCCCAAAUGUACAAUGACAAUGUUGUUAUUCUUUGUCUAUCAUUUUGCAAAUUCA